GUCCUCUUACAACACUUACCAGGAAGAGACGAACUUACAGUUUCUCCUGUCAGGCUGGCUUUAAUGUCUUGACAAAAACAUGAAGAAAUAGCAAUUGAUGAAGAACUAAGAGAAAAAAAACUUUACAGAAGGAUUGGAAACACUUGUUUCUGAACAGAUCUUUGUGUUUCUUGUGCUUUUUCAUUUUUGAAACCUUGAUUCAGAGAGUGAAAGUAAAGUCCAUAUUGCUGGAUCUCCAACAGAGAAAAUGGCUUCACUAUCUGAAGAGGAUUUUUCUUGUCCCGUGUGUCAAGAAAUCUUCAAGACACCUGUUCUUCUGUCAUGUAGUCACAGUUUCUGUAAAGAGUGUAUUCAACACUUCUGGAGAACUAAGGAAACUCAGGAGUGUCCUGUCUGUAGAAAAUUGUCAAGACAUGAGCCUUCAAAUAAUCUUGUGCUAAAAAACUUGUGUGAGUCGUUCCUGAAGGAGAGAAAUGAGAGGCGUUCAUCAGGAUCUGAGGAGAUCUGCAGUUUACACAGUGAGAAACUCAAACUCUUCUGUCUGGAGGACAAACAGCCUGUGUGUGUCGUGUGUAUUAACUCACAGAAACACGACAAUCAUAAAUUCAGACCCAUCGGUGAAGUGGUUUCAUCAUACAAGGAGGAGCUCAAUACAGCACUGAAGUCUUUACAGGAGAAACUUCAACACACUGAAGACAUUAAAGGAGAGUUUGAGAAAACAGUUCAACACAUCAAGUUUCAAGCUGAGCACACAGAGCGUCAGAUUAAACAUCAGUUUGAGAAACUACAUCAGUUCCUCAGAGAUGAAGAAGAAGCUACAAUCACUGCACUGAGAGAGGAAGAGGAGCAGAAGAAGCAGAUGAUGAAGGAGAAGCUGGAGGAGAUGAACACACACAUCUCAGAUCUUUCACACACAAUCAACGACAUAGAGAAGAUGAUGAAAGCCAAUGACGUCUGCUUUCUGAAGGAGUUUCCAGUCUCAAUGGAAAGAGUCCAGAUCUCACAGCCGGAUCCACAGAUGGCUUCUGGAGCUUUGAUUCAUGUGUCACAAUACUUGGGCAACCUGCCGUUCAGAGUCUGGAUGAAGAUGCAGGAUAUCGUUCAAUACACUCCUGUGAUUCUGGAUCCAAACUCGGCUCAUCCAGAACUCAUCCUGUCUAAUGAUCUGACCAGUGUGAGAGACGGCUGGAAUAAACAACCUCUUCCUGAUAAUCCAGAGAGGUUUGAUGAGUAUUACUGUGUUCUGGGUUCAGAGGGCUAUAACUCAGGAACACACAGCUGGGAUGUGGAGGUUAAAGAGAGUCGAUACUGGUGUCUUGGAGUAACUACAGCAUCAAACCAGAGGAAGGGAGGUGUUUUCUAUAACACUGAUGUCUGGUGUGUGGAGUAUGGACUGCUUGGGUCUGGUUUUCCUGUUGAAGAAAAGCUUGAUCGUGUGAGAGUUGAUCUGGACUAUGACAGAGGAACGGUGUCAUUCUCUGAUCCUGUAACUAACACACAUCUACACACAUUCACAACCACCUUCACUGACACACUCUUUCCAUUCUUCUGGUGUUGGAUUGACUCUCUGAGGAUCUUACCUGUCAAUAGUCAGUAAACGUUACACCUGUAA